CGGUAAAACAGAAUAGAAGAUGACAAUUUAGCAGUUCGCAUUACGACAUCUGUACAUCAUAGCUGUAACUUAUAGACGCCGCCAUAGUUUACCACAGAUAAUAAAACACUUGAUAAUGACAGAAUUCAAAUUGUGUUUUUAGAAAAAUCCUUAUUUAAAUAUGUCAUUUAUUGCUAAAUACACACUUACUUGAGGAAGAAGCGAAACAUAUAACAUUUCUCAGCUAGUAAUCGUUCUCCAAUUCGGUUACAUUUAGACGGUUUUAAUAACAUCUGCUGGAUUUGGCCCGCCAUCUAUGACAAAACAUUAACAACUUUGAAAAAGUUUCCUAUUUCUACCGUGGCGCUCACAACCCAAACAAUGAAUACCAACAUGGUGGCAAUGUGCUACACAGUUUGAAAAUGCAGGUCGUGUCAUGCUUUGAAAAAAAUCAUUUUAUACUCGGUUUUGGUGGAAAAUGUCGGACCCUAAACGUGCUACUCUUAUAACAGUGGGUGCUCCAAAAAGUGCAAAGAAUAAUGUGAACAAAACAGUGAGAUUAACUAUAAAUUUGGAUGAAAGCAACGAAAGUAAAUAUCCGGAGCUGAAUUACAAGGAACUAGUCAUUGCAGAAGAGAGAAAGAAAAGAGUAGAAAACGGCAAGAAUACAGGGCUGGACCCAUAUUCCGAAAAUAAUGAAGAUGUGGAACGUAUCGCCAGAAAGUUUGAACAGAAAUAUGGUGGUAAAAGCACAUAUGGACGUAAGGGCAGGUCGAAACACGACGACUUUGCUGAUAUCGGCGCUGGCUACGAUGAGAACGAUUCCUUCAUUGAUAACACACAUGGGUACGAUGAGAUGAUCCCGCCGGAGUGUGACACUCUUUACGGAGGCUUCUACAUCAACUGUGGCUCCCUGGAGUUCAAGAAUGUACCGGAGAACCAGUCCGCUAUGUCUGAUGGCGAGCCCGGGAGCAGUAGGAGGAAUAAGAGGCGCAUAUCAUCGAGCAGUAGCGAAGACGAGUCAUCAGAAAGUUCCUCUGAGUCGGAGAGUCAGGAUGAGAAGGAUCCUAAAGCGAUCGCUAACGGCGACAUCGACUGCCACAAGACUGAACACCGGAAAAAGAAAAAUAAAAAGAUUGAUAAGAAGAAAGCAAAGAAGGUUCGGCGGACAGACUCCUCGGCGGCUACAUCUGGAAAGCAAACUUCUGAUGACAACGCUCACGGUGACGGCGAAAGUGCAGACUCCCGUACUUCUCAGUCAGAUUCCCUCACGUCCAAGCCGGCGCCCAGCUCUGAAAAUGCCAUCACAUCAGACAGUUCCAGGGAUACUGAGAGCAAAGUGGAGGUGAAGCUGCCGUCAGCCGUCAUCGAGGCGCUGGAGGCUCUUGAGGCAUACGCGCGGACAUCACAAACCAACUCGUCUUCCACGCAGAAUCUUGCUCAUGCUGAUCAAUUUACCAUCGCUGUGUCGCGCGCGCUGUCGCUGGGCGGCUGCGGGUCCCGCGCGCGGCGGGCGGGCUGGGCGCGCGCCGCCGCCGCGCUGCGCACCAGCAGCCAGCUGCUGCGCCAGCGGGCCGCCGCCGCCGCCGUCAGUCACGACACGCCAACCACAACAAUUGCUCAAUCCACAUCCAACACAAUAACGACAGCCUCAACUACAGUGUCAUCGACAUCAACAACAGUGCCGUUGCGACACGACAAGCGCAAAGUUGAUGACGAUCUCGAAGACUUCGACUCUGAACAACUUACCGCUGAGCAGAGAGAGGCUAUGAUCAAGGAAACUUUGAAGCGGUUAGAGGCAUUAAUAAAUGAACGGAAACCAGCCAUGAUUGCUAAUUAUAAUGCUGAAUGUGAAAGAGUACAAAAUGAAAGGAAGAAGCUGGCGGCGCGCGCGGUGUGCGGCGCGGCGGUGCCGGAGAAGCGGCUGCCCAAGCGGCGCUUCCCGUGGUGCGGGCGCGCGCGCGGGCUGCUGGCGCGCCUGGCGCGGCUGGCCGGCGCCCCGCCCGCCGCGCUGCGCCUGCUGCAGGACCUCGCGCUGCCGCUGUUCCCGCCCGGCUUCGUGCGCAUGCCCACGCUGCUGCGCCAGGCCGAUCUCAGCAAAGAAAUCAAAGCAACGGAUUUAAAGCGGCAGCGCCUGGGCUCAGCAUCCCAGGCGGUGAACCCUCCCGCCGCGGCCGCGCCCGCCGCCGCCGCGCCGGCCGCCGCCCCGCUGGCCGCCGCCCCGCCGGCCGCCGCGCCCGUCCCGGCGGGCGGCGCGCUGGGGCUGGCCGAGCCCAUCCAGUUCCCGAGCUCGCUCACCGUCACCACCACCACCAAGCACUCGCCCGACAAAACCGAACUGCCCGGCCUGCCUGACGACAAAACCCCCUUCAACAACGCAGUGUUUGGCUCCAUCAUUAACUCCUUCACCCUCAGCAAAGACCUUAUAGUCGAGAAACCAGACAAAAAAGACACUGAAAAAAAAGAAGAACUUUACAUUCCUCCAAACAAUAUAGGCAGUAUAACGAUAACUCCUGUACCAAACAACCCCCCCAAACCUGAGAAGAAACUCAAUAACAAUGUUCAAGUAACAGAAAAAACUACAGGAUUACUUAGGGUUAAAUCGCCAGCUGCCUUAAAUGAAAUGGUUAAAAAAGAUAAGGUCAAAAAGCCAGAAAAGAGCCAGAGUAUAGUUAAGGAGAAGCGAGUAGCCUCACCUUUACACAUAGACACCAGUUACCAGCCCAGUAAAAAGGACCCCAGUCCAAAGCAAAAAGACGAAAUACCACAGAAGCAAAUAGAGAAUAUGCGAGUUGCUGAGAAUAAUAUUCCUAGACCUGCCUUAGUUCCUGUUCACCAUUCCCCGACAUUCGCGAAACCUGAUAAACGGCCGCCUGAAGUCAAAAAGAAGAAGGAUGUCGUGAUAAUAUCCGACGUGGAUCCUUUAAGUGACCAGCAGGAGCCGCUAGCGGUGGACGAUAGCAGCAGUGAUGUGGAAGUGGUAGAAGACAAUAGAACUGACAAAAGUGAACCUAAACGUGAUAAAAGUGAGACAGUGCCUUCCAAGGACCUUGUGAAUGACACAAACAAAAAAGUGAACAGUGUCAAGUGUAGGAAGGAGAAAGAAGUGCGCAAGAGUGAUAGUGAGGAGGCUACCAAUGAUGAUAUUGAUACGCUCAUGAGGAAUCUCAGAGAAAUGGAGCAUUCCCAAGAGCCAACAAAGUUUAACAGCAAUUCUUUCGGCGGAGUUCUAACAAACGCGAAACACGAGAGGUCUUCCAGUCAGCCUUCAUUCCCGAGGAGCUCGGUAUUCGGCGAGGCGCGUGACAGAGACAAGCUUACAGAACGCACUUCUUUGAACAAAAUGGAUGGAUGUAAUGCCAUCACAGGAUGACGCAAGAGCCAAGAGAAAAAUCACAAAGAUGUUGUAACAGUUACAUGAUGUUAGUAUGUAUAUCAGCCGAACCUACCCCCUGUACCGGAUCACUGAAUUUGUUUCACGCAUUUAUCGAAGUCUGUACGUCGUACCGUAGUGCCGAACAAGCCCUAACAUACGACAUCACCCGUUCCUAGAUACAGGUAACAUUAUAAAGUAUAUUGUAGAAAGGAGAUAGUAAAAAAUCCUACAGAAAAUGUCACUAUAUGGUUUUCGGUAGUGACUUGUGAUUUUUUGUUGAUUAAUAAUCUAAAUCGCAGUUCUGUACAGUGCGAUAGCAAUCCGAAUAAUUGAAAUUGUAUUAAUACAUAUCGUGCCACUUAAAUUGAGUCUUGAAUAUUCUUAAAUUCUCAUUCAUCAGUUAAAAUUGAAAUGAGGAAUGGAUUGUGAAGAAAUGAACAUGUUAAUUUUAUUCUUCGAAGUCUUUUGUCAAAAACGGAUUUUUGAUUUUAUUUGAUUUGUUGAAUUUCUGGAUGGCUUGAGUUUGAAGGUAUGUACAAUAUGUAAAUAAAAGUAGUGCCAAGCAAACUUUAUAGCUGUAAAGUAGCUGCUGCUAGAUAAUGUAUUGAAAGAUGCAUUAUUUUGUUACAUGAAAAUUAUAAUAUUUUAUUAGAAGUAUCCAUUACUCACUGUUGAUACACGCACUCAAAUGUUAUUAGUUUUAAUAGAAUGCCAAUAUUUUACCGUCGCAACUACGAUCUAUUGACUUCGAUAAAUACGCGUAUAUGUCUUAGCACGUCACUAUCUCGAUAAACAGACUUGACUGGAUAUCGACGUAGUGGACUAUAGUGUUGUGUUUAUAAAGAAAAUUUUCUAUGCAGAAUAGAAAUAUUUCGAAGCUAAUGUCGGGUCCAGAUAACUAUUUAUUUGAUUUUAUUUUCAUAUUUUUGUGUAUAAAACAUUUUUUUAUUUAAUUAUUCUUAUUGACUGAUAGAUACUGUGUAUUGUUUUUAUUGAAAUUCCUAAUGUUUGUCAGUUUUCUAAACUUGUAUUACCUUACUUCCAAAAUAUAUUUUGAACUACAUUUCUUUUUAUACAAUUCUGGGCCCACGUGCUAGACAUACAACAUGUUUAAUUUUAUUGAUACACUAAGUUUGUAUAGAAACACACGUAUUUUGUAUAAUAAAGCGAUUAGUUUAUAAAUAAACUUUUUAAACAUUAAAAGUACUGCUCCACUCGUUCAAUUGUCGUUGGCGUGUUGGCAUAAUGUAGAAGUAUAGAUAUUUUUUGUGUAAGCAACAUCGCUAACGACAUUUGAUUACCUACAUUAGAAAAUGCAAGUUUUGUACUGAAGUCCACUUAGCAUUUGGUGCAGAAGAAAAAUAUAUUAGGUUAGUAGAUGAAAAAGUAUUAUACAUAGGCAGACUAGCUAUUACAUUGGCCUAUUAAAUAUGGCGUCUUUUAUUCUUCUCAUUUCAAUAUAAAUAGAUAUUUUUCUUCUAUAAUUGAGGAAGUACGUCAGAACAAUAAUAAGUACGUAAAAUCUAAAUCAUGAUUACAGAUAAUGAAUUAUUGAAACAUGAGGAAUAUUUUAUUAAAAUGGCUGUUGUUUUUAUGAUGUGAUGUAGAAUACCAUUAUAUGUUUAUUAUGAAUCUAAAUCGGCAGUGAUUGUGGAGCAGUAACAUAUUUUUACACAAACUCAAACAAAAUAUAGUAUUAUUUUGACAAAACAAAUGAUACAAUUUCUUUUGUGAUUAUGAGUGAGUUGAAAUCCUAAAUUCCAAAUUAUGCCCAAUGUAACAAUUAUGAAUAAAUAUUUAUAAUGAA